ACCGUAUCUACCAUACGCUACUUCACUACUGCAUCAAUUCAAUUUCAACGCCCAUCUUCCAUUUUCCACCGCAAUUCACCCUCUCGGCACCACCAUCAACACCUCAUUGACCUGCUCACCUACAUACAGAUGCCAAUCCUCUUCGCAAUCCACCCUCUUUGUCAUCGUUGACCACCCUUUCUCCCAACCGCCCACCCCCUUCCAAUCCUCCCAAUCAGCAGUGUCAGGUCAUCUCAUCUCCUUGUCAGCAGUCCCCGCUGCCGUCCAUCCUCGCACGCGAGCCUCUUCGUCGCCCGAUCCCCUCUCUUGAGAAAACUAUCGUACGUCUAUAAACCUCUAGCUUGUUCAUCAGCAUCGACAACCAAAUCCCUGUCAUUCGCGUUGUCGCCUCGUGUAUUAAUAUCUACUUUUUAUUAGAUCACUCGAGCCUCCUACUCCAACACAUGACGGCUUUCCGGGUCUCUACCUCUCGGUCCCUGUUUUCGCCUGCUUUUCACCUUACCCUGAUACAGAACACCUCUGCUCUGUGAGCACGUAUCCUGUCACACCCUCGACUGCGCUUCUGUGGAAUUCCUACCCUCCUCAGCAAGACCAGGUAUCCCGAUGACGACCGCCGUGGCAUCUCCUCCAAACUUUCAAAAUAUCUCUCGCUUGAAUUGGAAUGGUGUAAACUCCAACGGCGGCGGCUUCUCGGCAAUGAGCUCUGACGAGGUUCCACGCAUCUUUCCGCCUCAACGCAAGACCGUCCAGCGGAGUAACUCGUCCUCGUCCUUAUCAUCCAACAGCUCCUCCACCUCUACAGUCACCAUUACUCAGUCCGAACCAUCCACAGACGUCGCCCCGGGCGCAAAGAAGAAAGCAAGAGGUGGAUUCUGGCCCGUCUCAAAGUCUGAAUCUACCGCCAGUGUCUCCAAUGCACGCGCAAAUGGCUCGCUGCAAACGGCCAUCAGCAACUCAUUGAUCAACCACAAAUCCCCCGUUCAACCAGCUCUACCCAACCAGGCCCCCAUCAAUCAGGUGAAUGGAUCCAGAACCGCCAACGUCCCGGCGCCGGGCGAACCAGCCGCCGUACUCGCCUUGCUACCUAUGAACGGGACAUUUGAAAGAAAGCAGAUCAGCUUGCCCUUUUUUCCAGACGUGCUGAGGGUUGGUCGGCAAACCAAUGCCAAAACUGUCCCAACACCAAUCAACGGCUAUUUCGACUCGAAGGUUUUGUCUCGUCAACAUGCAGAAGUCUGGGCUGAAAGGAACGGUAAGGUGUACAUCCGCGACGUCAAGUCAUCCAAUGGGACAUUUGUGAAUGGCCAAAGACUCUCGCCCGAGAACCGUGAAUCUGAACCUCACGAAUUGAGGCAACACGACACUCUAGAACUUGGGAUCGACAUUGUGAGUGAGGAUCAGAAGACUAUUGUUCACCACAAGGUCUCGGCCAAAGUCGAAUAUGUCGGGUUACCGGGAGCAUCCAACAAUGUUCUCGACUUGAGUUUUGGUGACCUGGACCCGUCUCAUGGGGGUUCUCUAUUACCCUCACCGGUCAGUUCGCCGAUGAUGCACUCCAGAAGUCGUUCCGGCGGCCCUUCCAUCAAUGGCCGCUCCCCGAACGCUUCCAGUGUUGCCGGGAGUCAGAUGAGUUCCGCUGCCCAACAACGGCAAGCCAAUUUUUAUGGGUCACCUCUUAAUGUCGAGCAGCUCGUCAAGUCUCUCGCGGUCGAGAUGCGCACAGCAAAACAACAAGCAGAAGAGCUCGAGCAGGCCGGGACCUUUCUCCACGCCAUGCUCCACCCGAAUGAUGAGGUGCCGAAAGCGCAACAGCCAGUGAAAGAGCCCAGCCACGCGCGGCCGUCGAAUGGACGAUCGAGGGGGUUGAAGAUGGACCAUAUGAAUCGGUUUUCUGAACCUCCGGCUCCGCCUCCCCAACAUCCGCUGCCCGAGAAACCCGAUGGUGCAAAGUCUAGCCCAGUCAGCACACCAUUUUCGAAUCUAUUAAAACGCAGCGAGACGGCCAAGUCACCCAAACCGCCCUCACACUCGCCCACCAACACGCAAAGUAGUCAGAUGUUGUCACUGAUUGAAGCACUCAGUAUAGCCAAGAAGGAACUCGACUCUCAAAGCGCUCGGGUGAGGCAGCUUGAAGACAUGCUUAAAGACGAGAAAACGGCUCGAGAACAAGCUGAGGACCGGGCGCGGAAACUUGAGCAACAUGCGGCGUCGCGGCCUGUGCCGGUCGUGCUCGAGGCAGACGAGUCAUCGAGUUCUACUGCAGCGCUUGAGAGCACCCCCACAACUUCCGCAGAAGCUCCUGCAGAAGCAAUAGAAGGCGUAUCGAGCGAACGACAGCUGAAAGAGAAGCUAGACAACGUCAUGGCGGAGAUGCACAAGCUGAAGAUGGACGUGGAACAUUACCAACGGAGAGCCAAGACGGCGGAGGACGAUGCCAGCCAAGCGCGGGCGAGCCUUGCCGAGAUGAUCAAGCAAAUUAGGGAAGAAAACGAAAAGGAGAAGUCGCAGGGGACAGAGACUGAACUGGAAGCAACAGACGACGCAGGUGAGGUGUCGAGGCGUCCAAACGCGAGCGACGGCCUGGUCGAAAGCAAAGGAUUGAGCCAGUGGCCGUCACAAGCAAAUGGACAUGUGCGUGGGCCGAGGUUGCCCGAGCAUCUUGAACAGGCCGUGGCCACGGUGCUGAAAGAACGACAGGGCAAUGGAGACUCGCUCGGUCAGUCAGCGCCAUAUAUGUCCAUGCUUGGGGUGGUCUUGAUUGGAGUUGGGCUGAUGGCCUACCUGAACUCGUGGCAGAAGACGGAGAGAUGAUAAAAGCUCAGUGGGAGGUAGGAGCUAGGAGUUUGAAGUAGCGCUUCGUGUGUCAGCUCGGACGGCGACGAUUCAUUGCACAUGAUUUCUUUUGGAUUUUCUAUUUCUGAUACAUGACCCGACAUUCAUGCAGCGUUGCAUGAUCUGGGCCGGCGUUUCUGGGCCUAUUAUUGGGGAGGCAGAACUGUGAUGGAUUGAUCGAGGGCCAAGAGAGCCUCGAUGAAAGACCAACUGCAAUGCGAACAUCUAACUUGGGGACGCGACACAAAACAGGAUUGUCUGAUGCAGCUGUCGCAGUCACAAAUUGGAAGUCGACUUGAUUCGACGUGGGGACAGUCUUGUGCUCACAGCAGAGUCCAUGCAUGAACCAGACUAGAGUGGAUGGCGCGUCAAAUUCUUUUGUUAUGUAUACAUGUGGGCGGAAGAAUUGUGGGAAAUGGUACACGAUGCAUGGUCGACGGCGACGGCGACGGCGACGGCGUGAGGUUAGUCUUGGUCAACCGGGCUUACAUAGAUACUGUGUAUGCCCUUUUAAUUAGUGCAACGACGAUGACUAUAACGAACACCAAUAAAUGACAGAAGCUGAG